AUGCUAUGCUUUGGGGCCAUGGGGUGGUGGGUUGCCCUGAUGCUGGUGCUGGCCCUCUGGCUCCCUGGGGUACAUCCCUGCCUGUUCUGCUUUGGGCCCCCCAUUCAGCGAUCCCGGCUCUGCCAUGACAUUACUGGGGCCCCCGUCAAUGACCCCCAACAUCGACACUGCCUCGAGGCCCUUGUCCAGGCUGCUGUGCCACUCGCCUCUGUCACUGUGGGGUCAGGGCAGCGUGAGGCACUUCAGCAGAUCAUCAUGGAUGCCCUGAAUUAUCUGGAGAAGCAGAAGGACAAGAAGCCCUUUGAGGUGUCUCUGCAGGAAGCUGUCAACAUAAUCUGGAUGAAGCUGAGCCAGCUGGAGGAAGCUCCAGCCUGCAUCCCACCCUGUGGGUACCAGCCAGCUGCCCGUGUGUUCCAGUGUGCUACCUGCCAGUUUGUAGACUGCCAGUUUCCCCUGGACUGCCCAGUGCAGGACAUGUGGACCCGUGCAGAUGAAGCCAUCACACUGCACUGCGAUGUGCCCUUUGCCACCCCCUCUGACUUGCCUGUUACCUGGAUGUUUGCCAAGGAUCUGCGCACACAAGAUCUGGCGGUGUUUGACGAGCUGAAGGAGAGCGUGGAGGGACCUCUCAGUCUGACCCUCCAUGACCCCAUUUCAGGAACCAUUGCCUGUUGCCUGGGGGUCCUUUCUGAGCCCUUGAUCCGCAAGUACUUCUACCUGAAUGUAUCAGGAGGAACCGUAGAGGCAGAGAAGGGACUCCAGGCUCGGUUCAGAGCUGUGCUGAGCUGGCCCAAAAGCAGGACUCCACUGCACCACAUGGCAUCGCUGGGACUGGGGCUGGCACUUGGAUUCAUGGCAUUCGUGCUGCUGCUGGUGUGA